UUUCCAUUGAGGCCCAAAUAUUUUCCCUAAGAAAUCGAGGUAUUCCGUAAUUUCCAUCGUCUUCAACUUUUCACUGCUUCCCCCCCUCAUCUUUUCUGCGUGCUCUCUAUCUCAUCUUCAUCGGCGUGAAGAUCUGCUCUCACAAGGUUAUAAAAGAAGAGAAAAAGGCCAACUUUAAGGACAUGUCAAAGGAAUUACUCGACUUUUUAGCCGAAGAAGUUAAAAAGGGAAACCGGCCUAAUAAUACUUUUCGAACAAGGUCUUUUGUGGCUGCUGCAAAGAUUAUCUCUGAGAAGUUUCAAACCAAUUGCACCUCGGAACAUUGUGGAGAAUCAUAUGAAAACUGUGAGGAAUGCAUUGGUGGCUAUAUCAACAGUCUGAAACAACUCCGGGUUUGGAUGGAACGAUAAUUUGAAGAUGGUGACAGCAUCUCCCACAUCAUAUGCUACUUAUGUUAAGGAAUAUCCAAAAUAUGAAAAGUUUUUGAAUCGAAAAAUUGAUAUGUAUGAAGAGAUGGCUAUAGUAGUGGGUAAAGAUUUAGAACGGGGGAACUUCUCCAAGACAUUUGCCGACAUCGAUGUUGAUGCUUCAACGGAAAGUGGACAACCAAGUAUGACUAAUGAUAGUGUGCCUUCCAAGGAUGAGAGUGGUACCUCGUCGGGCUCAAGGCCACAUCAAAAGAGGUCUCGAAUUGACGAAGGAUCGGAAAUGGAACACAUUUCAGCACAACUUCAAGAAGUGGUUAGUGCUCUAAAAAAAAUUUCAAACAAUCAACUUGAUGUGGAGAAGCUUUAUGACGAAAUUAUGAAGAUGGAGGACAUUGAAGAAGGGGUGCGUGUUGCGGCUUUUGAUCACUUGGUGGAGCGCGAAAUGCUUGCAAAAGCAUUUUUGACAAAAAGCUUGCCACUACGCAAACUUUGGAUCGGAAAGUUUGUCAAAGACCAUAAACAUUAAAGUCUGCUUGCUGCUUUUAUUCCAAUAUCUGGUAGUUUGCUCUUGCUAUCUUCAAGGUUACUGCUCUGGUUGCAAUCUGCUGCUUGGUUUUGGUGCAUUCUGCUUUGCCUUUUGUUUCCAGCUUCCUGUUGUUGUUCUGCUAUAACUGCUAUGCUGCUGCCUGGUUGAUGCCUGGUGUUUAUGCUGCUGCUUCAGGUUGCUGGAAGCUGCUUCUCCUGCUCCUUGGUUUGUUGUUGGCUGCUAUAUGCUGCUUGGUCUGCCCUUGUCCUUUCUACAGCCGUUUUUCUUUUGUUUCUUUUUUUGUUGUUUGUUUGGCUUGGGUAUUUGUAUUCUUGGGUAUUAGCAGAAGUUUUUUAUUAUUAGUUUGAAGUAGUUAACAUUUGUAGAUCAAAUAUGAAGAACUAUAGAAUUUUAGCUUUUAAAUCAUUUACAAGGGUGUUUUUCAUGUUC